AUGGGUUCCACAAUAAAGGAACGGAUAAGCCAUAUAAGAGCUAUACUUUCCGAUUUGAAGAAUGGCAUGCAAUCGAGGGAACAAUCCGGAGAUUGGAGCAGCAAUGAGGUUCUCAAGAUGAGGACCUGCCUGGGGAAAAUAAUACUCCUGACCAGGGAAAUGAAAGCCAAGUUUGUGGACAGUGAAAAGUUCAGCGAACAAGACAGAGAAGCAAACGCGGAUAUAUUGCUGAAAUGUAACCGGCAAUUAAAGCGUUUGCGAUACAGUUUGGCGAACUCGGAUGAACUUGGAGGGGGAAUUAGAGCAAUGGAUGUACUCCUCUUUCUGCUGAAAGUUGAUACCGUCAUGUUUGAACUGGAAACUUUUAUUCGGGAUGCUACAAAGAAGCAACUCAGUUCCAGCCAAAUGAAUACUAGUACCCCCGUUAAUCUUAAUCCCCUGGAUGAAUUAAAGGAUUUACGGCAAACGUUGAGGGAUGCGGAAGUAAGACGGGAAUUGGAACUUAUAACUCACAAGCUAAUGAUAUCGAAGGAGCAGUGUUUCGUUCGCCAUGCACAUAAAAAACAGAAGGCAGCGGAACUGAAACUUUUCGAAGACCGAAAUCGUUUAAGGGAACUUGAGGAGAGUUUAUCAGAAUCUCAGUUAACGAUAAUUGCCAUUACCGGUCAGAAUGAAGAACUGAAUGAAUCCAUUAAACAACUCCGUAAAGAGAAAGAUCUACAUGAGAUUGAAAGGCUCAGUUUUCAAGCUAAGCAGAGAAAAUGUGAAAUUUCCCACCAAGGGAAAGGUGACGUUAAGAGAUUCCUGCGUUUAAAUCAGCUUGAGAAGGAAACUCUUAGAGAUCUAAAGGAAUGUCUUAAUCACAAAAAGGAAUCUUUAAAGGAAAACAAAUCAGCAAUAUCCCAGAUCAAAAAGGAAAUAGACUUGCUUUGUUUCAAGAGAAAUAAACUGCGACUUGGAGUAAAUAGAAUUAGCAAGACUUCUUUAAAGACAAGAGCAAGCCCUUUGAUAAAGUUUAGAGAGAACAGGAAGGAUACCAUACAUGUCAUAAACAAAGUCCUGCGAUCUUUUAACCACUACGAUCAACUUAAAUUUUCAGAUUCCAACUUCAAGUGGAACGUUACCAUGAAAUCCUUAAAAAGUAACCUUAUUAUGGUGCGAAAAAGUUUGAAUAAUGCCUGUAUAAAGGACCUGCCAAAACCAAAAAAGAAAAGGUUGAGUAAUAGUACAGAAAGUGGUUUAAAAAAAGGAGAAAGCCGCAGUUUCUUAAAGCAGCCGGUGAUUUACCCGAGUUUAUCUGAUAAUUUGUGGGAAAAGAUAUACAAGCCGCUCUGUCAGUCGCCAAUUUCCGCAUCCGAAUCGUGUUUGCCUGAUAUUUCGUCCAUUGAUCUGAGCAAAUAUGCGUCUUCCAUACCAAGAACGUCUAUCCUUUUCAAACCCACUCCUGUAUCGAAGUUCUUUGGGAAGACCUAUGGCGAUCGGAGAGUUAGUCUGCUCCGUUGGUGCAAAGCGAAAGUAAAACCCUACGGCCUUCCAAUGUAUGAAUUUAGUUAUUCGUGGACCAGCGGUCGAGCUCUAUGUGCCAUUAUCCAUUCCUAUCGCCCCGAUUUGAUCGACAAGAGCUACAUUUUCAAUAAGAAGCCCUUGGAGACUUUGACUUAUGGAGUGACUGCUGCCAAAUCCCUGGGAGUUACCUGUUCCGUGGACUUUGUGGCCGAGUGCCAGCAAAGGCAUCCGAACUUCGUGAACGUCCUCAAGUUCAUGAUUGACCUUCAAGACUGCCUGCAAGCAUCGGAAUAACUCAAUAGUUGCUGCUCUUUUCUAGAUUUGUUAAAUGUGUAUUUUUAUAAAAAUAUAUUUUUCUGUAAGAAUGGUAUAGUCUUGAACACCAAAUUUUAUGUUAAAAAA